AUGUACACAUUUGAGUCCGCCGCCGAGUUCAAAGAAGCCGGCAUGGCAUUCUGCCCUCGAGCUCAUCGGCCCCGAAGCUGCGCGAUGUCUCGAACGAGACGGGCCGUGCCGAUGAGGGGCGUUCGAAUCAUGUUCGCUCAAGGCGAGGCAGCCGGGGAACGUCUCACGAGCAUCGUUCUCCGCGCCGCCUUUCUACAAGAACUGCUCGCCGUCGUUCCCCAGGAUCGAAUGUAUGCCUCCAAGAAGCUCCAAAAAAUCGAUCGAGACGGCACCGUUCGAAAGCUCAUCCUGGGUGAGAACGAUCCUGCGACCUCUCCUCAAAGCACUGAUAUGGAGAAUGCCUGCGGAUAUGGAUGGAUUGGCCAUAACGUGUUUUUAACGCACAAAAUUCUGAGCGGCGGCCAGCUGGUACAAUUUGCAAUGGCCCCUAUUGACACGGAAGCUGAGCCUGGGUCAUUGAAUGGUUGGCAGUGCAAAAUGGGCGCCGACGAGAUCAAGCAGCGAUACCGGGGUUUCCUACCUCAUCUCAAUAAGGUCAUAAUUGAACUGCUUUGUAAUCAGCCCGAACACAAUGCCUUAUAUCUUUGGGACCACCCCAAAGCACAUAGCUAUGUUGACGGGCCCAUCCAUGUCACUGGCGAUGCUUCUCACUCGACAAUACCGUGUCAGGGCUCCGGCAGCGGCAUGCCCAUCGAAGACGGCUUUAUUUUGUCCGCCUGGCUCGGACGCGCGAAAUCGCCUGCUGAAGUUCUCACUGCCUUAAAGGCAUAUGACCUAGUUCGUCGUCCCCGCACACAAGAGAUCGUUGAGUCGAGUUGGAUCAUAGGUACCAUGAUAACCGGAGCCAAUGAGGAGACGGGACUUGACCCCAAGAAAUUCAAAUCGUUGAUGUCAAGAUGGGACUUCAUCAUUGAUAUUGAUAUGGAGAAACAGAAACACCGCGACGAGGCCCUACAGAUGAUGGAAGCUAGUUUGAAAAGAGAGAGUAUCGUGCAAUGA